UGCGCAGCCGCAGUGCAUGCCGGGCCAGUCUGCUGUAGAGGUCAGACCAGACUGAUCCAGGUGUAAAAUGUCGGCGGCAGGUUUCACGUCCUUGGCCCGCUGUGGGGUUCUGGCGUUCCGCUCGCCCGCGGGGUUUGUGGCCGUCCGAUGUGCUCAGACAGCCGCCGCUCCAGCAAUUGAGCCCAGAGUAAAGAAGUUCCAGGUGUACAGAUGGGAUCCCGACACUCCAGGAGACAAACCUCGCAUGCAGACCUACGAGAUCGACCUCAACACUUGUGGUCCAAUGGUUCUUGAUGCUCUCAUCAAGAUAAAAAAUGAGAUGGAUUCCACUCUGACUUUCCGCCGCUCCUGUAGAGAAGGUAUUUGUGGGUCCUGUGCAAUGAACAUCAAUGGAGGAAACACACUCGCCUGUCUCAACAAGAUAGAAACCAACCUGAGCAAGCCAACCAAGAUUUACCCGCUACCACACAUGUAUGUGGUCAAGGACCUGGUACCUGACAUGAGUAACUUUUAUGCCCAGUACAAGUCAAUUGAACCAUACCUGAAGAAGAAAGACGAUUCAAAGGAAGGGAAGGAGCAGUACUUGCAGUCUGUGGAGGACAGACAGAAGCUGGACGGGCUGUAUGAAUGUAUACUGUGUGCCUGUUGCAGUACGAGCUGUCCAAGUUACUGGUGGAACGGAGACAAAUACCUUGGGCCAGCUGUGCUCAUGCAGGCGUAUCGUUGGAUGAUCGACUCUCGAGAUGAGUUCACAGAGGAGCGUCUGUCCAAGCUGCAGGAUCCCUUCUCUCUCUAUCGCUGCCACACCAUCAUGAACUGCACUAAGACCUGCCCCAAGGGCCUGAACCCAGGAAAAGCAAUAGCUGAGAUCAAGAAGAUGAUGGCCACCUACAAGGAGAAGAAGGCAGCAGCCGUCUGAAACAUCCCUAUCCUCUUGUACAGUGACAUGAUUAAAUUAUAUAUUGAUUGAAGAAAAGGAAAAUGCUUAUUGUGGAGCAGCAGUCGUCUCCAACGCCGCACAGUUCUAACAGCAGUCGUGUGUGUGUGUGUGUGUGUGUGUGUGUGUGUGUGUGUGUGUGUGUGUGUGUGUGUGUGUGUGUGUGUGUGUGUGUGUGUGUGUGUGUGUGUGUGUGUGUGUGUGUGUGUGUGUGUGUGUGUGUGUGUGUGUGUGUGUGUGUGUGUGUGUGUGUGUGUGUGUGUGUGUGUGUGUGUGUGUGUGUGUGUGUGUGUGUGUGUGUGUGUGUGUGUCAUGUGUACCAAAACAGAUUUUUAUCUCCAAUUCUAUAGUUUGGGUGACUAUAAACUUCAGUCUUUUGCUUCUCGUUAAAGUUGAUUUUAUGCGCAUUUUUCCUUGUGCUUCAAUGUUUAAAUAAACGUACAAGCUUCCUGCCUCUCAGUUUAGUAUCUGGCUCAAAUACAAACUGUGUACAUCUUCCCUUAGAUUCCGCAAACCAAGAGCAGUACUUGUUUUUGAUGAAGAAUAAAUAUUUGAAAUCGCU